CCCGCCGUUGAGUGAAGUGGCCCGGGCCUGAGGCCGUGCAGGCCGAGGGUCUGGGGUGAAUGUGGCCCCCAGGGGUCAGCGGCCCCAUUAGGGGAAAGAAAGAAUUUAAACCUUCUCUCAGAAUUGUAUGGCAGAACUAAAGAAGACGACAACCAAGGGUCAUCUGAAAUUGUGAUUGGCUCUCUAGUAAUUCCAGGACAAAGUUAGAGAUCACGACUCAAGCAUAAGUUUUCCUAAGACCACUACAAAGAUGUUUGAUAUAAAGGCUUGGGCUGAGUAUGUUGUGGAAUGGGCUGCAAAGGACCCAUAUGGCUUCCUUACAACAGUGAUUUUGGCCCUUACUCCAUUGUUCCUAGCAAGUGCUGUACUAUCCUGGAAAUUGGCCAAGAUGAUUGAGGCCAGGGAAAAGGAGCAGAAGAAGAAACAAAAACGUCAAGAAAAUAUUGCAAAAGCCAAACGACUAAAAAAGGAUUGAAGAAAAGAACAGGCUCUGAAACCAGAGGAAAAUUAUUUGGAAAAUUAUGCAGCUUUGGAGAAGGACUCAACUAAGGUUUCUUCUUUGGGUUUUGUGACCGUAUUAUAUAGUAAACAAAGUCUGACUAUAUGGAAGAAUCAUGUUAGUUAUGACCUCAGUACUGUAGUAAC